AUGCGUCGACCCCUGGCCGCUGGCGCCGCUGGCGCCUUGGGUGCCCUUGGAUUAGCAGUCCUCCUGUUGCGACGCUACAAGCGACAGCACCGCGAGACGCGUCGUGAGAUUGAAAAGGCCACAGCGGCGACGGAUGCGACGGUAAGACCCAUCGAGGCCCCCGACGAGAAGGCUGAGAAAACGGCCGCAGCCGUCGCUGCAACGACGAGUUCGCCCAGCAAGCUCCCAGCCUCUUGGGCGGCACAGGCAGUUCAGGCGGCCAAAGAUGCCAUGGCCAGCAGGGGAGAGAAGACCAACGAGGAUGGCAACAACGGCGGUACCGCUGCCGUGAUGCAGUUGACACCGCCAGCUGCAGCUACAGUUACAGGCAGGGAGUACAGUCUGCAGCCGGCCAACAUCGGUGGAUCAUGGUACAGAUCGUAA